GUAGUACCUAGUUAAUGUAUGGGUAUCUCGACUAAAGAGUAUAAAUGAACAAUUUAGUUUAGUUUAGUACGUCACGUUUUGCGGUUGUUUUUUUCUACCCCGUCUAAAAAGGCACUCACACUCAAAAAAUAAAAAAAAAGAAAACAAAACGGACAAAAAAUUAAAUAAAUAUUAAAUUGUUGUUUUUUUGCGUUUUAUAACACAUGCACCUACAUACAAACCCACAACAACCAAGUGUAAAAAAAGAAAGUGAAAGAAAAAAGAAUAAUUGAAAGAGAGCUAGAAAUUAUAUUUGAAAUACAAAAGAAAAAUAAGAUAAUUUAUUUAAUAUAAAUUGAGCAAACUACUUUAUACAAUUGAAUAUAAAUUAAAUAAAGUGUUAAUAUUGUUGGCAAAACAAAAAAUAAAUCGAAAAAUAUGUAAAAUAUUUUUGCAAAACCUGUAAUAAAAUACAAACUACAGAGAGCAAAUUGAAAUACCAUUUUUACCGUUAUAGAGUAAAGAAAAAAAAACAAAAUAAAUAAAACACAAUUACGGAAAAAACAGAAUUCUUUUUAAAAACGAAAACAUAGCAAACCGCCAACAUUGAAAAUAAAAUUAAAAUAUUAAAAAACGUCGUCGUCGUCGUGCGCAUUUAACGUAAUCAUCAAAAAAUACUAACAACAACAACAACGUACUUACGUACAUACAUAUUCUAAAAUAACAACAAUACCAACAUUUACUGUAUAAAAGAGAAAACCAGAAACUUUAAAAGAGCAAAACAAAAACGAUCCAAAUAAUAAAAGAGUAAACAAAACAAUUUGUAUUUGAUGCAAAGAGUGUUUAAUCAAAAAGAAAAUUAAGAGAAAAGUGCCAAAUUUUUGUUAACUUUUCCAAUAUAUCUAUUAAAAAAAAAGUGUAAAUAUUGUUAAAUUCUAUUAUAAUUUAUUUAAAAAAAAUCAAAUAUUUUUAUAAAAAAAAAGUUUGUUAAACAAACAUUUUUAUAAGAUUUUUUUAAACACUGCUUGCUACUUGCUGAAAAAAACCUACAACUAAACAUUGUUUAUAAACAUUUUGUUGUUGUAAAAAAUUAUACUAUUAAUUAAAUAAGAAAAUCUACAAAAUGGCACGUUAUCAACAACGAGCUGCUGGUGGUUUAAACGGUGUUGAAUUCGAAGGCAACAAAUUACACGCCGAGCAAUUAGAUAAAAAUCAACGUCGCACUCAACGCAACCAACGUAAUCCAUAUCCCGGUAUGCCAGGCCCCGGACGUCAGGCGGACUUUCCGCUACGCAUUUUGGUACAAAGCGAAAUGGUGGGUGCCAUCAUAGGACGCCAGGGCAGCACCAUACGCACGAUCACACAGCAAAGUCGUGCUCGUGUCGAUGUCCAUCGAAAAGAAAAUGUCGGCUCACUGGAAAAGGCCAUAACAAUUUAUGGCAAUCCCGAGAAUUGUACAAAUGCUUGCAAACGUAUACUAGAAGUAAUGCAACAGGAAGCCAAUGCCACAAAUAAGGGUGAAAUUUGUUUAAAAAUUUUGGCCCACAACAAUUUAAUCGGCCGUAUUAUCGGCAAGAAUGGCAACACUAUUAAGCGCAUCAUGCAGGAGACCGACACCAAAAUCACGGUCAGCUCCAUCAAUGACAUUAACAGUUUUAAUUUGGAACGUAUUAUCACCGUUAAGGGCGCCAUUGACAAUAUGUCGCGUGCAGAAAAUCAAAUCAGCUCGAAACUGCGUCAAAGCUAUGAGAAUGAUUUACAGGCCAUGGCCCCCCAAAGUGUCAUGUUCCCCGGUCUGCCACCCAUGGCCAUGAUGUCCACACCGGGCAAUGGCAUGAUCUUUAAUCCUAGCAUGUCUUAUGCCCCCUGCCCCGGUUUUCCCAUAUCGAAGACACCCGCCCCCGUUGUGCCGCCCGUCUUCCCCAACGAUAUGCAGGAGACCACAUACCUCUAUAUACCCAAUAAUGCGGUGGGUGCUAUCAUUGGUACUAAGGGCUCGCACAUACGCAGCAUAAUGCGUUUCUCGAAUGCUUCGCUAAAGAUCGCACCACUGGACAACGAUAAGCCGGCGGAACAGCAGACGGAACGUAAGGUGACCAUUGUGGGUACACCGGAGGGUCAGUGGAAGGCUCAGUAUAUGAUUUUUGAGAAGAUGCGUGAGGAGGGCUUUAUGUGCGGCACCGAUGAUGUUAGAUUAACUGUGGAAAUUUUAGUGGCCAGCUCACAGGUUGGACGUAUUAUUGGCAAGGGUGGCCAGAAUGUACGUGAAUUGCAACGUGUCACCGGCAGUGUCAUCAAAUUGCCCGAACAUGCGCUGGCGCCAGCAUCGGGCGGUGAUGAAGAAACACCCGUACACAUAAUUGGACCAUUUUACAGUGUACAAUCGGCUCAAAGACGCAUUAGAGCCAUGAUGUUGUCUACAAAUCCUCCACCCGUUACCAAAAAACAAAAAGCUGCCAAAGAACAACAACAACAGCAACAAGUUGCUCAAACUUCCUCAGGUAGUGGGUCACAACAACAGCAACCGCAGCAGCAACCUACACCACCACAGCAACAGCAACAACAAUCAUCACAACAGCAGCAGCAGCAACAACAACAGCAGCAGCAGCAGCAGCAGGGUGCGAGUACAAAUCAGUAAGAAGUGUGGGUGUAAAAGCAUUUAUUAAACUAUAUUUUUUAUUUUUAAAAAUUUAUUAUUAAAAAAAACCUACUCUUUUUUUCCCUUUCAAUUUACGAAAACAGCAAGUUAAAAAUUAAUACUAAUUUACACUCGUCAUAACUCGUUUUUAAGUAAUAUUUUUUUUUUUCAUUUAAACUCAGAAUAACUCUGAAUUGUUUAUGGCUAUAAUUUCAGUUUAAAUUAUUUAGUUUACCGAAAAAGAAAAAAAUACAAAAUUUUUUUAAAUUUUUUUCUAUAAAAAAAACCAACAAAUUGAUUUUGAUUUAAGAUAUAACAAGCUAAAAUUAUUAACAACAUUUUUUUAAAACUAAAAUAGGUGGCAACUUUGAAAUUAAAAAAAAUAUAUUAAAAAAAAACACAAUUUUUGGUAAAAAAAAACUAAAAAAAUUCAUUAAACACAAGAAAUAAUAAUAACUCUGACUGGUCUGGCUUUUAGUGAAAUUAAAAUUUAAACAAACAAAAAAAAAAGCUGCUUUAACCAUAACAAAAAUAAAAAUCCCCUUUUUAUAAACAAAACCAAGCUUGCUUAAAAACAAACAUACAUAUUUCGGCAUAAAUAAAAUUAAAUUACAAAAUCUUAAGACAAAUUCAAACAAUAUAAAAAAAAAAUUUACUUAAAAUAUGAAAGAAUGACAAUUUUUUAUAUGUUCAUAACUAAAAUACCAUAAAUUAUAACUAAAAAAAACCAUAAACAUAAAGCAAAAAACCACAAAAAAACAUAUAUACAUAAAAAAUAGUUAUAAGCCCUAAAAAAAACCUAAAAAAAAUCUAAAGUUAUAAACGUAAAAAACAAAAAAGAAAAACAAACCAUCUGGCCACAUUUUCUGGUAUUUGUUUACAUACAAACUCUCUCUCUCUAAAUGAAAUCAAAAAAGAAAGGGAGAGACUUAAAACAGGAAGAGUAAUAGCAAAAGUAUAAAUUAACGGUAAAUUGUAAUAAUUACAUUUAAAAUACACUGAGAGAACUAAAAUAUUUUAAAUGGAAAUAUGAUCAAAUUGUAAUUAUUUAUACCAUUGCUAUUAUUUGUCUUUUGAUUUGGAAACAAAUACUAAAUAAUACUAACUACUGCUAGAGAUUUAUUUAAAUCUUUAAGUAUUUUGAAAAAUAUGUGUCUAUUUUUUACUUAGAACUCAACCAAGUGUUUGCCUUAAAACGGUGCUGAAAUGUUAAUUGAUUUGUUAAAUGUAUUGUAAUGUUUUUUUUAAACACAAACUUAGUUUUUUUUUUUUGUUUAAAUAAUUUUUUUUUUUAUUAAAUUUGUUAAAAACUCUUAAAUAAUUUAUACAAAGUGAAGUAUUUUUGCAAUAGAACCACUAAUUUAAACUCAAAACCGACUAUAGGGAAUUUUUUAUAACAAAUGAAACAGAAAAAGGAAAGUUUUUUUUUUUUUUUCAAAACAAAUGAAAACCUAAACCAAAAAAAGUAUUAUUUAAACAAAAGUUUAAGGUUUAAAGGUUUUGUUAUUUAGUUUCUCUGCUUUCCAAAUACAUAAAUACCAUACAUAGUCUAUAGUAACUUAACCAUAUCCACCCCAGAGCAUUAAACAAUCAAAUCUUUAAUAUUUACAAUAGCCUUUUUUUUUGUACAAUCAUUUACACUUCCCUCAACUAUUGUUUUUUUUUUACAUAAUUUUUAAUUCUAGUAAAGUAGUUUCCGUUGUUAAAAACAAGCAAAACAAAAAAAAAAAUAAUAUAAAAAAAGAAAGAUAAUUCCUAUUAUUUACAACAUUUUUUUUUAUACAUUUUUUUUUUAAAUAUAGCAUAAUAAAAUAUUAUUUAGCUUAAAUUAUAAAUUUAAAUAUUA